AUGACAGCGCCGAAACUCCCUUGCUGGAACUGUCGCAGACGACACAUCAAAUGUGACAAGCAGAAACCGAAAUGCGGCCGGUGCACAACCAGAGGUCUAGAUUGCGUUCCAGUCGAAAGAAAAGCUGUUUUCCGCCGCGGAUCUAAAGACAGUGCCGGGGAAAGAUUCGCUGUUGAUCAGACGUGGGUGAAUAGUGAGCCGAGAAAGUGGAGGAGGGCUGAGACGGUGCAGGGUUCUGUCGUACUAGAUCAGCCUAUUAUCUCGCCUGGACUUGGUGGUGAAGGAGAACAGGGGAUUCAGGCUGAAGAUGCGACUGCGCUUGAUCCGGUAUCAACACUACCGGAGUUCGAUGAUGGGAUUCCAGUUCAUUCAUUCCAUGAUAUCCCAAUUAACGGUCUAGACGCCCUGGUCUCAGCGGCGGUAGGCAUCCAGCACUCGCCGAUAUCCGGUGGAAGUAUAGGCGCCAGCCACGGAAGUCCAUACGAACUGAACCAUACUCCCUCGACAAACAGUAGCCCUGGCAACUCGACUGUUCAACCUCUUGCCAAUGUCGAGGAGGCUUGCCUGUUGCGUUACUUCAUUGAAGAGCUAUCACCAUGGUUCGACCACUGCGACAGCCAGAGCCAUUUCCGUGUCGCUGUUCCCAUGCGCGCCCAUCACUGCUUAACGCUACGGAAUGCCAUAUUCGCCGUAUCAUCUCGCCAUCUCAGUCGCCUACCGCAGUUCAAAACACCGCGGGGAAUCGUCUACCAUGGACAGCUACUGCCAGACUUAUCAACCUCGUCAGCAGUGGAGUACAUGCUCAAAUGCAUUCCAGGGCUUCUCUCAUUCCAUAAAAUGCAUGAUCCACGCGAUCAGGAGAAUCUCAUGGCAGCCGCGAUAAUCUUGCGACAGUACGAAGAAAUGGAAGAGGAGAUGGAAGGGGAGAUGGAAGAGGGCGCCGACAUCGAGAUAGACACCGACACCGACACCGACAAUGUCGGAGAAAGACAGCAACGAGUGAACUUCCUCGCCAUCACCCAGACGAUUAUUUACUCGAUGAUUUCCUCACCACUAGCACGGUCUUCACUGGCAACAGCAGCGUACUGGAUCGCCAUCCGGCAGGAAGUCUACUACGCCCUAACACGGAAACAGGCUCCGCGGGUGUCUUUUACGUCUGAGGACUGGAGUAACGCCACCGUUGCUAAUAUAAUGAUCAUGCACGCAGGGGAAGUCACAAAAUGGUGCUGGGGUGAUAAAUCGUUCGCUGAAUAUGAACGACUGAAACACCACCAACAACAACUGAUAUCCUCAUACUCACCACACCUCCUCCCACUCCUCCAAACACGCGCCGACAAAUCCAAAGGCGAGAUCUUUCCCACGGUCUGGUACACCACCGACGCACAGGUAACAGGCGCGCAGCAUCUCGACCUCGCGCGUAUGAUCCUCAUCGCCGAGAAUCCACGACUACAAGAACCACAUACCCCCCGCGCCGCGCACCGACAGGCCGAAGCGCGCGUGCGCUCGAUAGUCCUGAAUCUGUGCGGGAUCGCCGUGGGCAAUGUCUCGCGGCGGAUGCCGGCACUUGUUAACGCCGUGAUCGCGAUUCUGCUGUACGGGGAGUAUUUCACGGAAGAGGGGGAGAGGGACGCGUUGAGGGGGGUUAUUGAUCGCACGAGGGAUAUGCGUGCGUGGCCGCUAAGAAGGCCGUUUGAGCGGUUGUGUGGGCUGUGGGAGAUGGGUGAUUCUGAGGUGUAA